GGGGAUGGCGGCUCCGGGAGCGCUGGAGCCGGCGGCCGGUAGCGUGCCGGGCACCAAGGUGGAGCUUACCGUGUCCUGCCGGAACCUGCUGGACCUGGACACCUUCUCCAAGUCCGACCCAGUGGUGGUCCUCUUUGUGCAGGUCUCGGGGAGCAGCGAGUGGAAGGAGUUCGGACGCACCGAGGUGAUCGACAACACCCUGAACCCUGACUUUGUCCGCAAGUUCGUCCUCGACUACUACUUCGAGGAGAAGCAAAACCUGCGCUUCGAUGUCUACAAUGUGGACUCCAAGAGCUGCUCCAUUUUAAAGCAGAAGGACUUCCUGGGGCAGGCAUUUGUGGCACUGGGAGAGGUGAUUGGGUCCCAGCGGGGACGCCUGGAGAGACCCCUAACGGGUGUCCCAGGGAAGCGGUGUGGGACUAUCUUGCUGCUGGCCGAGGAACUGAGCAACUGCCGGGACAUCGUCACAAUGCAGCUGUGCGCCAACAAGCUGGAUAAGAAGGACUUCUUUGGAAAAUCCGAUCCUUUCCUCGUCUUCUAUCGUAGCAAUGAGGAUGGCACCUUUACUAUCUGCCAUAAGACAGAGGUGGUGAAGAACACACUCAACCCGGUGUGGCAGCCCUUCACCAUCCCCGUGCGCGCCCUCUGCAACGGCGACUACGACCGGACGGUGAAGAUAGAUGUGUACGACUGGGACCGGGAUGGGAGCCACGACUUCAUUGGGGAAUUUGCCACCAGCUACCGGGAGCUCUCUCGAGCACAGAGUCAGUUCACAGUGUAUGAGGUGCUGAAUCCCAGGAAGAAAUGCAAGAAGAAGAAAUAUGUGAAUUCUGGCACUGUGACACUGCUCUCCUUCUCUGUUGAGUCUGAGUUCACCUUCGUUGACUACAUACGGGGCGGGACACAGCUGAAUUUCACUGUUGCCAUUGACUUCACGGCUUCCAAUGGGUUGCCAUCACAGCCCACCUCGCUGCACUACGCGAGCCCCUACCAGCUGAGCGCCUAUGCCCUGGCACUGAAGGCAGUGGGGGAAAUCAUCCAGGACUACGACAGCGACAAGCUCUUCCCUGCCUACGGCUUUGGUGCCAAAGUCCCACCUGAUGGCAAGAUCUCCCACCAGUUUCCUCUGAACAACAAUGUGGAGAACCCCAGCUGUGCCGGCAUUGAAGGCGUGCUGGAGUCCUACCUCCAAAGCCUGCGCACCGUCCAGCUCUACGGUCCUACCAACUUUGCUCCCAUCAUCAACCAGGUGGCUGGGAUAGCCGCCCAGGUGACCGAUGGCUCACAAUACCACGUCCUCCUCAUCAUCACUGACGGUGUCAUCUCUGACAUGCUGCAGACCAAGGAAGCCAUUGUCACCGCUUCCUCCCUGCCCAUGUCCAUCAUCAUCGUGGGAGUAGGUCCAGCUGAGUUUGAGGCCAUGGAGGAGCUGGACGGUGAUGAGGUACGGUUGUCUUCCCGGGGACGUUAUGCUGAGAGAGACAUUGUACAGUUUGUGCCGUUUCGGGAUUAUGUGGAUGACUCAGGCAACCAGGUGCUGAGCAUGGCCCGCCUGGCCAAGGACGUGCUGGCUGAGAUCCCUGAGCAGCUGCUCUCUUACAUGAAGACCCGUGACAUCAAGCCUCGCCGGGCAGAUCCUGAGUAGCUCUUCCACGAGCCUUGGGACUGACUGGUGGGGCAAGGAUAUGUCACCUUUUUCUGCGGGUGGCCAUGGAGAUGUGGCCCCUUUAGGGAGAUAAUCAGCUGCUAUGGUUGGUCAAAACAGGGCUGGGACUCGCUUCUGGCAGUGAGACCACAGGGCUGGACAUCCUCGGCUGCCCCUUCCUCCUGCCCGAUGUCCAGCAGCAAGGCAGGACUGUCCCUGGACCGUGGCAGUGCGGGCAGGACCAGCGCCGGCGGGAACGCGGUGUGUGCCACGGUGUGCGUGUCCCUGAGAGCAGCCUGGCCUCCGCCCCAGAGAAGGCUGACCCUGAGUGCCUGCCGGGGGUCUCAGCCCGCUGCUCUUUGGGGCAGCGGCCUCGCCCUGCUCCUGCCUGCACCCCAUUCCUGCCUGCACCCCGCUCCUGCCUGUGCCCGCUCCUCCGGCUCUGCUAACCCGGCCUGCCUCACGCCCUGCCGCACGGCCGGGGCUCCCGCCGCCGGGGGUGCCGGGGCGGAGGGUAGGCGGGCCUCUACUGCGU